AUGCGGCUGCAUGCUUAUGACUCAUCAAGGAUUUACAAGGACAAGGUGAAAUUUUAUCACGAUAAGAAACUGAUCAAGAGAACUUUCCAUCCAGGAGAGUUGGUGUUACUGUUUAACUCAAGGUUGAAGUUAUUUCCUGGGAAGCUGAAAUCAAAAUGGUUAGGACCUUUUGUGGUAAAGCAGGUAUUCCAAAAUGGAGCAGUGGAGUUAGAGCAUUCCAAUGAUGAUAAUCAACAACGAAGCUGGAUAGUGAAUGGUCAGAGGCUCAAACAUUAUGUGGGAGGAGAUGUGGAGCAAACUGCCUCAAUUAUGAUGUUGGUGGAUCCAUGA